AUGACGGACAUUGACCCUAAGGCCCCGCCUGGUGACCCAGCCCCCAAACUCCUUGAGGACCGCAUCUGGAUUGAUGGUUGUUUCGACUUUUUUCACCAUGGACAUGCGGGGGCUAUCGUCCAAGCCCGCCAGCUGGGCAACGAGCUCUACAUUGGCGUCCACUCAGACGAAGCCAUCCUCGAAAACAAGGGACCAACAGUCAUGACACUUGAAGAGCGUCUCGCCGCCGUAGAUGCGUGCCGCUGGGUCACCAAGUCCGUGGCUCGAGCCCCCUACGUCACGCAGCUGGAGUGGGUCAGCCACUACGGGUGCAAGUACGUCGUCCACGGCGACGACAUCACCUCCGAUAGCAGUGGGGAGGACUGUUACCGCUUUGUCAAGGCAGCAGGGCGGUUCAAAGUCGUGAAGCGGACCCCGAGUAUCUCGACCACUGACCUCGUCGGUCGCAUGUUGCUCUGCACCCGCACCCACUUCAUCAAAUCGCUGGAGAAGUGUCUCGCCGGCGAAGAGGGCGACGGGCCCGCCGCGGAGGCCCACGCCGAAGGCCGGGCCAUGACGGAUCGCAUGCGCUUAUACGCCACUGACGAGACGGGGAAGACGCCGGGCGCCGAGGUGUGGUUCUGGUCGGCCUCCAAAGAGGCCAAGACGGACGCCUCCGUAGAAGAGAAGGGCGACUUCCGCCAGUUCCUCGAGGGCGCCGGCCCGAAACCUGGCCAGCGCGUCGUCUACGUGGAUGGCGGGUUUGAUCUCUUCUCUAGCGGCCACAUUGAAUUUCUCCGUCGAGUCCUCGUUGCCGAGGAAGAGCUGGCCCGUAAAGACGGGUGGUAUUCGGAACAGUCAGUCAAUGAACGGAUCGGUAAGGGUGGUGACUACCCUCCCGCCUACGUUGUGGCUGGUGUUCACGACGACGAGGUCAUCAACCACUGGAAGGGCGUGAACUACCCUAUCAUGAACAUCUAUGAGCGGGGUUUGUGCGUAUUGCAGUGCAAGUAUGUCAACGCAGUCAUCUUCGGGGCUCCCUUCACACCGACCAAGGCCUACUUGACCACCAUGCCAUGGGGCACACCCGAUGCCGUCUACCACGGCUCGACUGCUUUCAUGCCUUUGACCAACGACCCGUACACGGCGGCCCGGGAGAUGGGCAUCAUGAAGCUGGUUGGGCCGCACCAUUUCUCGGACGUCAACGCGGGGACCAUUGUGCAGCGGAUCCUGAAGAGCCGCGACAUCUACGAGGAACGACAGCGCAAAAAGGGGGUCAAGGCAGAGGCGGAGGCGGCAGCCAAGCGGCGUGAAGCUCUGGAAGAGGAGCAGCAGAAAAUACUAGCUGAGAGGGCUGCCGAGGCGUGA